CACGGCAGUAAUCUGAUCGGCAUGACGGAUCUGAACGUGCCGGAGCAGCUGUACCAGUACAUGGUGGGGGGGCACCGCCGCACGCACCUCGCCGCGAUCAACCGCUACCGCUCACCCAGCUACCAGAUAAAGGAGGGUGACACCAUCAAUGUGGACGUGACCGGCCCUGGAGCCACCCUGGCACUGGCCAUGAUCUACCUGAAAACCAACAACAGGUCCAUAGCUGAUUGGCUGCAGGCUCCAGACACCAUGUUCCUAUUGGACUUCAUCAAACCCGAGUUCCUGCUGCUCAGGACUCUGGCUCGCUGUCUGAUCAUGUGGGAGGAGAUCAAGCCCGAAACUGACUGGGUGACCAGCAACGUGCCGAAGAUCAUCCAGGAGAACCUCGUUCUGCAGGAGGACGUUCCGUUGUCCGAGGAUUUGGACAUAGAGACUCUGACCCAGGCCCAUGAUUACAUCGCAGCUGGGGCCUGCUUGGCGGUGGGGUUCCGCUUCGCUGGGUCCGCCAACUCCGACGCGUUCGACUGUCUGUACGGUUUUGCUCGGCGCUUCCUGGACUGCCUGAACACUUCCGCUGCUUCUCUGGUGGGCUACUACAACGUGAAGACGUGUCUGAGCAUGGUCCUGCUGGCCGUCUCCAUGGUGAUGGCGGGGUCGGGGAACCUGCAGGUGCUGCAGCUGUGCCGUCUGCUGCACAAGCGCACCAGCGGGGAGAUGAACUACGGCUUCCACAUGGCCCACCACAUGGCCCUGGGGCUGCUGUUCCUGGGCCGGGGCAGGUACACCCUCAGCACCUCCAACUCUGCCAUCGCUGCUCUCCUCUGCGCCCUGUACCCCCACUUCCCCGCACACAGCACCGACAACAGGUAUCACCUGCAGGCCCUGAGGCACCUGGUGGUUCUUGCAGCAGAGCCGCGGCUGCUGGUCCCGGUGGACGUGGACACCUGCAAGCCCUGCUACGCCCUGCUGGACGUCACCUACAAGGAGACGCAGUGGUACGGUGAGACCACAGUGGAGUUGAUGGCCCCCACCAUGCUGCCUGAACUCCACCUUCUCAAACAGAUCAGAGUUAAAGGACCAAGAUACUGGGAGCUGGCGAUUGAUAUAAGCAGAGGAACUCAGCAUUUACAGUCGAUCCUGGCGCGGGACGGGGUUCUGUACGUGAAGCUCCGGGCGGGGCAGCUGCCCUACAGGGACGAUCCGCGCGGCUGGAAGAGCCUGUCCGCCCCCAACGUCCGCGAGAGGCACACCUUCAAGGACAUCUCCACCUUCACCUCAGACCCCGCCCUGGUCUCCUUCGCCGAAUAUUUCUGCAAGGCCGCCGAAAACAUGAAUGAU